AUGCUCCCUGGAGCUUGGUGGGGCUGGGCCUCCCUCCUGUUCCUGGUCAGGUCUGCCCAGCCCUGUCCUGUGAGCUGUGACUGCUUCAGCCAUGAGGUGUUUUGCUCCGAUGAGCAGCUGGCUGCCAUCCCUCCAGACAUCCCACUGAACACCAUCAGCCUUGUCUUCGUGGAGACCGCAUUCACCUCUGUGGGAACCAGGGCCUUCAGCAGUAGCCCCAGGCUGACCAAGGUGGUUUUCCUCAACACGCAGCUCCACCACUUGGGCUCAGAUGCCUUUGGGGGGCUGCCCAGGCUGCAGGACCUGGAAGUCACAGGCAGUGCCUUCUCUAACCUCAGCGCUGAUAUCUUUUCCAAUCUAACCUCGCUUGCCAAGUUGACCCUCAACUUUAACCUGCUGGAGGCUCUGCCUGAGGACCUCUUCCUCCACGUGGCUGCCCUGGAGUCCCUGCAGCUGCAGGGGAACCGCCUCCAGACCCUGCCUGAGAGGCUCUUCCAGCCCCUGAGGGGUCUGAAGACCCUCAACCUGGCACAGAACCACCUGGUCCGGCUCCCCAAGGAGCUGCUGCACCCCCUCUCUAGCCUGCAGACCCUGAAGCUGAGCAACAACGCGCUCUCCCACCUCCAUGAAGAUGCAUUCAGCCAGCUACACGAGCUGCAGGAGCUCUUCCUGGACAGCAACGGCAUCUCAGAGCUGUCCCCACUCCUGUUUUCUCAACUCUUCUGCCUGGAAAAGCUCUGGCUACAGCGCAACGCCAUCAGCCACCUGCCGCCCUCUGUCUUCUCCUCACUGGCAAACCUGACUUUUCUGAACCUGCAGGGCAAUAUCCUGCGCACGCUGCCUGCUGGUCUGUUUGCCCCGACCCCGGGCCUGGUUGGCUUGUCCUUGUCACACAAUCAGCUGCAGACGAUUGCUGAAGGGACCUUUGCCAACCUGUCCAGCCUCACCUCCCUCACUCUCUCUCACAACGCCAUUGCCCACCUCCCCGCAGGGGCCUUCCAAGGCCUUGGGAAGUUGGCCAGGCUCUACCUGGGCAGCAACAACCUGACGUCCCUGCCUGCAGCCCUCUUCCAGGACCUGUCCCAGCUCAAGCUGCUCAGCCUGUCCUGGAACCAGCUGACCACACUUCCAGUGGGCAUCUUUGACACCAACUAUGACCUCUUCAACCUGGCGCUGUAUGGCAACCCCUGGCAGUGUGACUGUCAUCUGGCUUACCUCUCCAGCUGGCUGCACCAGUACAGUGACAAGCUCUUCAACACCCACACCUACUGUGCGGGCCCUUCCUACCUCAAGGGCCAGAUGGUGCCUGCCCUGAAGGAGGAGCAUCUGGUGUGUCCUGUCCCCCCGGGCCGCCCAGGUAUCCAGGCCCUGGAGCUUGAUGACAGGGAGCUGGGGGGAAGCUGGGAUCUGGCAGUGGAUGAAAGGGCAAGACACAGCCGCUGUACCUAUAGCAACCCUGAGGGCACCGUGGUGCUCGGCUGUGACGAGGCCCAGUGUCGCUGGCUGAGCAUCCAACUGUCCCCUCUGCAGGGCAUGGGCUCCCCGGCCAUGAAGUAUAACUCCAGUCGGGUGUGGGACUUGAGGUCAAGCUGCGGCUCUGUGAGGGUCACCGUGACUAUUGAGACCGGGCCAGCAGGACCCUAG